UCCAUUAGUAGGGCUCGAUUGUUUUAUUAAAUUUGAUUUGCAUCUUACUUUACUAAUUGAAACUUGGACUGUGAACGCUGCUGUGAGACAUUGAAGGCAACCAGUCCCGUCCAACAUGGCGGCACAGCGCAGGACUUUAAUGCAGAGCCAUCAGAGCUGGACUGAUGAUCUGCCGCUGUGUGAGAUGUGUGGGGUGGGCACAGCACCCAACAGUGUUUACGGCCCUGAUGGUAAAGGAACUCAGAGUCACCCAAAUGAAGAUGGACACCUUCGGUUCAGAGGCGAGGAUGGUUGUUACCUCUAUGGUGUUUUCAAUGGGUAUGAUGGCAGCAGAGUGGCCAAUUAUGUCUCCCAGUGUCUGACAGCAGAAUUGCUACUAGGACAACUAAACUCCAAUCACACAGAUAGUGACGUACGCAGGAUUCUCACACAGGCAUUUGAUGCAGUGGAGAAAAGCUACUUUGAAACUAUAGAUGAUGCCCUGGCAGAGAAGGCUCACCUGUCCCACUUUGCCCAACCAUAUAAUGAGAACGUGUCAUUCCACCAGCUUUUCCCUCAGAGACAGAAUGCGCAAGAGCGUUUGAAGGAGCUGGAGCAGGAGGUGUCAGGUGGAGCUACUGCUGUGGUGGCACUGAUACUCAACAACAAGCUCUACAUCGCCAAUCUUGGUACCAACAGGGCACUGUUGUGCAAGUCCAGCAGUGAUGGCCAGAACCAGGUUCUCCAGAUCUGCCGGCCACACAGCACAGACAACGAGGAUGAGCUGCAGAGACUGGCUGCACUGGGUGUGGAUCCAGCUCAUGUGAAACAGGCGGGGCAGAUAGCCGGGCAGAGUAGCACCAGGAGGUUCGGCGACUACAGGGUCAAAUUCAACUAUAAUGAAAUCGAUUUGCUCAGUGCGGCCAAGAUGAGACCAGUCAUUGCAGAGCCAGAGAUUGAUAGCAGCCAGACUUUGGAAGGCGUGACAGGCUUUUUGUUGCUGAUGUCAGAAGGUCUCAUCAGUGCCCUUGAGUCCGCCCACGGGCCAGAGCAGGCCAAUCAGGAAAUAGUUGCCAUGGUAGCAGCAGAGUUGGCCCAGCAGACCAGUCUGGAGGCAGUGGCUCAGACGGUGGUGGAUCGCGUUAAACGGCUGCACCAUGACGUCUACGUGUCCGGCCGUCAGAGAGCAACCUACUGUUCUCGACAUGAGGACAUGACUCUGCUCAUACGCACAAUCAACUACCUAAUUACUGACACAGCACUCACACCCACACAGGGAGGCCGUAUCUACCCUGUGUCUGUGCCCUACUCCAACAGCCAGAGCACCAGUAAAACCAGUGUCACCCUCUCACUGGUCAUGCCCUCACAAAAUGUCCUCACCAAUGGAACCAACACCGCCUCAACCCUGGAGGAAGGCACUCCCACCCCGGGCAGCCAGAGCCCAACGGCCACCCUCCAGUCCACCAACACUCAGACACAGAGCUCCAGCUCCAGCUCAGGAGACGGAAGCCUCUUCCGGCAGAGAGGCAGUCAAGCAGCGCAGCCGGAUGAGACGGGCAGAGUCCCACCAUAUGUGGACUUCAGUCAGUUCUACCGCCUGUGGGGAAGCGAUCACAACGAUGGCCAAAGCACGCAGGGAGGACUGGGGCCCCAGUGAGCAGGGCGCUGGGGGCUGGCAAUUAGGAAACACAAGAAUUGUGAAAGGACCAAAAGGCUUUUGGACUGACCAAUAAAAUGUUAAUUGUCUCGUAACUAAAAAUAAGUGACCUACAGAAGCGUGGAGAUGCAUGGAGCAAAGACUGGGGUACUAAAGAUGAUGCUGUCUACAAGGGGCAGAAGGGCACACCACAGCCCAGACUAUGUCUGCUCUUCUGUUACAGAUGCUGGAUUGAUUGUGAAUAUGUGUAAUCCAGAUUCUAGUCCCCUUGUCAGAUUGAAAAACAUGUACUGUACAAACAGGAAUUAGUUCAGAAUGAUUAUAUACUGUAACGCCUUAAAUGGAAUGAGUGGAUGUGUUUUUUUUUUUAUUUGUGUAUAUAAAUAUACUAUUCAAAAUGAA